GUAAACACUUCAAGCACUUCAACCGUGAGCUUUUGCCGCUUCCUCGCUUCGGUUGUACUGCUUCAUACGGAGCACUGAAAAACGCGGCUUUCAGAUUUGGAAAGUAUGUCCACGACGAAGAAAGAAGAAGCCGCUGCGGCAGACGAUGUUGGGCCCGGUCACACCUACCUCCCGUUUGUGGUCAUGGAAGACCUGUUAGACAAGCUGAAGCUCUUGCAUUACGACACGGAGUUCACCACGCAGCUUCGACUGAAACCGAUAAGCAGGCAUUAUUUCGCGAUACCAACUAAUCCCGGGGAGCAGUUCUACAUCUUCUCUUCCCUGACUGCGUGGCUUAUCCAGAGAUGUGGAAUUCCAUUUGAAAUGCCGCAAGAGUCUGAUGAUCCAAAUACCACAAUAUCGAACAUACUGGAUGUGUUAAGAAAUAUGGGAAUUUCUAUUGAUUUCCCCCCAAGCAAGCUGAAGCAAGGUUGUGGAGAACAGGCAAUCUUUGUGCUUGAUCACCUUGCAGACACAGCUCUGAAGCGGAAACAUUUUACGUGGAAAACGCUCCUGCCGCCGGAGGAACAGUCGGAAGAGGACACGGUAAUUGACGAUGCCGCUGAGGUGACCUUGGAGAAGAUUGAAGAAGAGAUGCUGGAGGAAGAUGCCGGGGAGGACGAUGACGAAGACGGCCCCAUUUUGGACCUGGAUGGCCUUAAAACUCUUUCGACAAGUCGCCUGAGUUCUGGAAACUUUGUCAAGCCAGAAGAAAUCAUGAAGUCAUCCAUUGAUGGUGCUGAGUGGAAGCUGGAGGUUGAAAGAGUUCUGCCUCAGCUCAAGGUGACCAUCCAGCCAGAUGCUAAGGACUGGCGUAACCAUCUUGACCAGAUACAGCAGUACCGCAAGGACAUGGAGGAAGGAUUGACGGUCACCAAGAGCCAGCUUGACCGACUGGCAGCUAACAUUGCCAGCACCCUAGACAAGGUGAACAGCCGAGAGAAGUACCUGAACGCUCAGCUGGAAACAUUCCUCUCUGAUUAUCGGUCGGCCCAGGAAAGCUUGGCUCAGGCCAAGGAGCAGUACAGGUCUGUCAGUGGAGGCAUCACUGACAGGUCCCUCACCCUCGCCCAGAUAACGGAAGAAUUGGACCAAAUUAAACAAGAAAUGGAAGAAAGAGGAUCGAGCAUGACCGAUGGGACUCCACUGGUAAACAUACGCAAGGCACUGACACGUCUCAAAGCCGAAAUAACGCAGAUGGACGUGCGCAUUGGUGUCGCUGUUCACACCCUGCUCCAAGCAAAGCUGAAAGAAAAGGGAAACUUCCGAGUGACUGCAGAAGCUCCAGCUGCUAGCUACGAUUCCGUGUACUAGCAGUACAAACAAAAAGAAAAAUCGGAACAUUGAAUAAAACGUGGAAAGGCAA